AUGGCUAGUGAGGACCUUCACCGCCGCCGCCACCCCACCUCCUUCUUGUCGCACCUCCUCUUCCCUUCCACCAGACUGCAUUGGGCGUCAGUGCAGAGGUCAUCAGGUGUCAUGUUGGAGGCCGUGGUCACCAGGAUGCUGGGGAGAGCAGGCGAGACUCAGAAGCUGUUGCGUAAGCCCCCUGGCACCCCCGCGCCACGCCACCUGGGCCCGUCACACCCGGCGCUGAACUUUCCCCGCGGCUUCCCCGAUGAGUACUCCUUCAUGGCGACCUUCCGCAUGAUCAAGAACACGGUCAACAAGGUGUGGAACGUUUGGCAGAUUGUGGACGAAGACGGCCGCAAGCAAGCCGGCCUGCGUCUGAACGGAGACCAGCAGGCCCUGGAGUACUUCCUAAUGGGCGCUGACGGCAACCUGCAGACCGUCACCUUCCCAGGCCUGUCCGUGCUCUUCAACACCAAGUGGCACAAGGUGAUGAUCGGCGUGGAGAGGGACCAGGUCACCCUGUACGUGGACUGCCAGCCCGUGGAUCAGAGGCCCAUUAAGGGCAAAGGCCCCAUCAACACGGAGGGGGACACCCUCAUCGGCAGACUGGAUGCGGAUGCUGAUGCGUCUGUAGUGUUUGAACUCCAGUGGAUGCUGAUUCACUGUGACCCAAAAAGAGCCCAGAGAGAGAGCUGCAGUGAGCUGCCUGCCACUGAGCCGGAGAAACCAAUCCAAGGCCCCCCAGGUGUCCCUGGUCCAGAGGGCCCCCGUGGGCCCCAAGGAGAAGAUGGCAGGGAUGGGAGAGAUGGUCUCCCAGGUUCUCCUGGCAGUCCAGGAAGUCCUGGAGCUCCAGGAAAACCAGGAAUACCAGGAGAUGAGGGAAACAUCGGACCUGAGGGUCAACCGGGUCCUAAAGGGAGCGCUGGCGUCCCGGGGGCCCCUGGCCUUCCCGGCCCACCAGGGCCUGCGGGGCCGCCUGGUGCCGGCAGCAGUGAGGGAAGUGGGGAAGCUUGUCCUGCUGCUUGUCCUGCUGGACCACAGGGGAAUCCUGGGCUACCAGGAAUGAAGGGGCACAAAGGAGUGGUAGGUGUUCCUGGAAUCCCCGGAGAGCCUGGAGAGAAGGGGGACGCAGGACCACAGGGUGCAGCAGGCACCCCGGGACGCAUGGGAGAUGAUGGGCAAAGGGGACCUAUCGGCUUUCCAGGUACCACAGGAGAGAAGGGAGACAGGGGUCCUCCUGGUUUUAAUGGCAUCCCUGGUCCCACUGGACCACCUGGAGCUCCCGGUGUGGAGGGCAUUCGAGGACGUCAGGGUUUGGAGGGACCCAAGGGUGAAGAGGGAGAAUCUGGAAAAGACGGCAAGGAUGGCCUCUCAGGGGCUGACGGUGCCAAGGGAGAGCCAGGUAUCCCAGGGGCCGGCGGUAUCAGGGGUAUCGUUGGGAUUCCAGGCGAGCCUGGACAAGCGGGAGCAGAUGGGAAAUCAGGAGACAAGGGAGCGCUCGGCGAAACCGGAAAACAGGGACCAGUUGGGCCUACAGGUCCAGCAGGUAUCCAGGGUGACAAAGGAGACAAAGGUAACCCCGGUGUCAAAGGGAUGAUGGGUUACACUGGACUGAAAGGCGAACAGCAUGGAGAGAAGGGCCAGAGAGGUGCUGCAGGGGCUGACGGCAGGCCAGGACAGCCGGGCCACGAGGGCUUGACGGGGCCAAUGGGAGCACGGGGCCUUGAGGGGGAGAGGGGGAUCCCUGGGGCACCUGGCCCAAGAGGUCUGCCUGGCUCCAAAGUGAGUGACGCCAAGCUUCGUGAAAUGUGCUCAGCCAUUGUUGAAGAACAAUUAGCAGCAUUAAAGGAAGAGCUUCUUAAGAAGCCGGCAGGCCUUGGUGCCCCUGGCAUCCCAGGACCAGCUGGACCUCCUGGACCCCCUGGACCAGCCGGAGCAACAGGAGCUGCUGGCGCUCAAGGGCCGAUGGGUCCUAAAGGCCAUAAUGGCUUUUUUGGACUCCCCGGUGCACCCGGCAAGAAAGGUGAUACUGGGGGAAAAGGCGAUAAGGGGGAAAAGGGUGAGGAUGGUGUAGGAGUCAAAGGAAGCCCAGGCGAGCCAGGCGUGCCAGGUGCACCAGGCCUCCCCGGCAUUGGGAAAGACGGUAAAGAUGGACAACGGGGCAGGGCCCCGCCUCUCUACAUGGUCAGUGGAAAGAAGUCGGCCAGCUACAAACACCAAUGA